AGGCGCGCCUCUCGUUUCCAUCUAACUCUCGCACACCAUCGGAUGGCCCGGGCCCGGAGGCCCACAUAUGCUCUUGACUCAUCAAUUCGCAACCACCGCUUCGACCUCCAUGUCGUCAGCGUGGCGGCGCUCGGUGAGGCGCCGCGCGCCCGUGAGCGACCGGGAGGUGGGCCGGCGGGAGCUGGGUCGUAGGGUGGAGGAGCUGGAGGAGGCGGUCGAGGGGCUUCGUGGGGAGAAGAAUGCGGCGGAGACAGACGAAGCGGCGCUGUGCGCUGAGCUGAACGCGGAGCGCGGUGCGGCGGAGUCCGCGGCGCGCGAGACCAUGUUGAUGAUCGAGCGGCUGCAGCGGGAGAAGGCGGCCGCUCCCCUGGAAGCGCGUCAGUUCCGCCGACUGGCCGAGGGACGCGUCGAGCGCGACCGGCAGCUCCACAACGAGCUCGCGUCGCUAUCAGCCCUCGCCGGCGGUUACCUCGCCCUCCUUCACGCCCACGGCAUCCGCCCCGCCGACGAGAACUGUUACCACGAGGAGGAGCGUCCCGGGGAACACAUCGAACCGGAGGUCUACAGGGAGAGUAGCGGCGCCGGCGGCGAGAGUGGCAUGAAUGUCAUGGUGAUCAAGAAGUCGGUCCCGCCGCCUCCUGCGGAGGAGUUGGAGUACACGAAAGACAUGGGGUGCGCGGCCGCGACGAAGGCUGUGGCUGUUGAGUACACGGAAGAGGAGCGCGUGGAUGGUGCUCUGGAGCUGUACGCGAGGGUGGAGGCGCUGGAGGCGGACAGGGCGGCCACGCGGAGGGGGGUGGCGGCGCUGCGAGCCGAGCCAGCGCGAGUGGUGCUAGCAAGGGAGAUGGCACGGCGCCUGUGCCGUGAAUCCGCGGCCGUCACGAUGGUGCAGAAGCCGCGUUUCUCCGUGGUCGCCAUUUGCAAGUGUUUCUUCUUCAUGAUCCUAAAGAGCAAGAGAUGUUUUACGGCCAGGUCCGCACAACUGGCGCUUAUGUCUUUGAGUGGCAGUUUUCUCGCCAUGGAACCUGGGCGAACGUUCCCUGAAUCUCUCUCUCUUUUUUCUGGCAGAAAGUUCCCUGUAUCACUCAGGCUGACGUUUGGCCUGUCGUCGGCGCUCGGCAUGCUUCUGCUUCUGGAGAGAUUCACCGCUGCACUGCACCGCCGCCGGCGAUCACUGUUGGACUCAUAGCAGCUGUCGAUAGGUGGCUUGAAUCUUUGCAUAGCUUUGUCUAGUUUUUUUCCUUCAGAACAUCAGGUGUCCACUGACCAGACCACACGCUCUUUUCAUGACGUAACGAACUCUCCUUGCAUGUUGGUUGUGAAGCUUUCCAUCACGGAAGGAUGUACUAACAAG